CCACGCGUCCACGUCACUCCGGCCCUUCCACAGGUGUCACUUCGGUGUUGACCUUCGAGGGGAGCGCACCGGCCGCCUUCCUGGCCCCGCUCGCCGGCGAGUUCCAGCGUGGCCGCGAAAAAAAAAAAACCAGCUCCACGGGCGGCUUUCGUUGUGGAAGGAGGCGAGCCCCCGCGGUGGUAGCGAAGGAAGGCGGGGGAGGGGAACCGCCACCGCGGCGAAAGAGUCCGCGGAGGAGACGCCGAACUCGACGGGAUGUCGGCGGUGAAGGCUCUCCAGCAGUGGUGCCGGAUCCAGUGCGACGGCUACCGGGAUGUGACGGUCACCAACAUGACCACGUCGUUCCGGGACGGCUUGGCUUUCUGUGCCAUCAUUCACAAACAUAGACCGGAUCUCAUCAAUUUUGACUCCUUGAAGAAAGAAAAUGUGUACGAGAACAACAACCUGGCCUUCAGGGUCGCCGAGGACCACCUCGGAAUUCCCGCACUCUUGGACGCCGAAGACAUGGUUGCGCUCAAAGUCCCAGACCGCCUCAGCAUCCUCACAUACGUCUCGCAGUACUACAACUAUUUCCACGGACGCUCCCCGAUUGGUGGCACGGCGGCAGUAAAGCGUCCUGCCGACCCGCCCGCCGACGGGCCGUCCGGAAAGAAGAACGCGCCGGUGGUAUCGAAGGUGUUCCCUUCGUCCAAGCCAUCUAAGGAGAACCAUCCUCCCACUUCAGCUAACAUGACGUCACCUCUGCCCCACCCAAGACAGCCCAGAACAUCGGCACAUGACGUUUCAGCUGAGAAAUCCCAGCAGACGGGAACUCUGAAUAACAAGUGCACGUCGUGCAACAAGCACGUUCACCUGGUGCAGCGACACCUAGUGGACGGGAAGCUCUACCACAGGAACUGUGCAAAGUUACUGGCUCCUCAAAGCGCAAUCUCACUCUUAAGAGAUGCUCCGCCCAGCGUCUUUCCUCGGGCAAGCCUCUCCAAGAGCAACACAGUGACACCCACGGCGCCGGCCAGAUUGGGGCCCACAGGGCCGAUCCAGAAACCAAGCCCCCCUGCCAGCAUCUCCAGCAGAUCCUCGUCACCGCGUCGGCCCGUUUCAAACCUCACCACAUCUGCUAUGGAGAUUCUAACUACUUCCGUCUAUAAAGAACCCGUGUCCAAUCACACCAUCACGACACCCGCCGCCGUCACCACUAGGCCUGUCGCUGCACCUCGGACCUCCACCAUCGCGGCCAAAACCAUCCAGUCCAAGCUCAAGUUCUUUCAGGCAGAAGGUGACGAUAACAAACCUGCAAAUAAGAUGACAGAAGCCUCCCUAAAAGGGUUCAAGUCUUCGGAUCCUAGCAAGGAAGACCAAGUGGGUCAAACUGUACCUGGAAAUAUUCAGAAUGUGGGUGAAAACCAGCCCAAGGCCCACAUCGACAAAGACAAAGCAGGUAGAGACAGUCUCGGAAAUGGAAAUAUUGCUAAUGUGGAUAAAAUUCAGAUGAAGGAACUUGUUGACACAGUCAAGGCAGCUGCAAAGAAACAUGAAGACGCUCAGGGGAGUAACGUUGGAAGUGGAAAUGUUGCUGAUGUGGGGAAAAGUCUACCAGAGGAGCGUUUUGAUAAAGGGAAAGCAGAUGCAAAGAAAGAUGCUGACACUCAAGGUAGUCGUGUCGGAUAUGAAAAUGUUGCCAAGCUGUCUAAAAGCCAGUCAAGGGAGCGCUUGGAUGAAGGCAAAGAAGGUGGAAACAAACAUGGAGACACUCAGGGUGCGAAUGUUGGAAAUAGAAAUCUGGCUAACGCAGAUAAAAUUGAGUUGAAGGAAGUUUUUGACAAACUCAAAGCAGGCGCAAAGAAACAUGCAGAUAGUCAGGGUGCUGUCGUUGGAAAAGAAAAUGACGUUAACGCGGGUAAAAGCCAGUCGAAGGGGGGUUGGGACGAAGGCAAAGCAGGUGCAAAGAAAGAUGGCGACGGUCAGGGUGGCACCGGCGGAGAUGAAAAUGUUGCCAACGUGGGUAAAAGUCAGUUGAAGGAACUUUUUGACAAAGUCAAAGCAGGCACAAAGAAACAUGGAGACAGUCAGGGUGCUGUAGUUGGAAAUGAAAAUAUUGUUCAUGCGAGUAAAAGCCAGUCGAAGGAGCGUUUGGACGAAGGCAAAGCAGGUGCAAAGAAAGAUGGCGACGGUCAGGGUGGCAACGUUGGAGAUGAAAAUGUUGCCAAUGUCGGUAAAAGUCAGUUGAAGGAACUUUUUGACAAAGUCAAAGCAGGCACAAAGAAACAUGGAGACAGUCAGGGUGCUGUAGUUGGAAAUGAAAAUGUGUUAAACGCAGGUAAAAGUCAGUCGAAGGAGCGUUUGGAUGAAGGCAAAGCGGCUGCAAAGAAAGGUGGCGACAGUCACGGUCGUGUUGUGGGAAAUGGAAAUGUUAACGCGGCUAAAAGCCAGUCGAAGGAGCGUUUUGACGAAGCUAAAGCAGGUGCAAAGAAAGAUGGCGACAGUCAGGGUGGCACUGUUGGAGAUGAAAAUGUUGCCAACGUGGGUAAAAGUCACUUGAAGGAUCUUUUUGACAAAGUCAAAGUAGGUCCAAAGAAACAUGGAGACACUCAGGGUGGUGUUGUCGAAAAUACAAAUGUUGUUAACGCGGGUAAAAGCCACUCGAAGGAGCGUUUUGACCAAGGCAAAGCAGGUGCAAAGAAAGAUGGCGGUAGUCAGGGUGGCAAUGAAAAUGUUGCUAAUGUGGGUAAAAGUCAAUCAAAAGAGCGUUUUGAUAAAGGCAAAGCAGGUGCAAAGAAAACCGAAGUCAGCGAGGGCAGUAAAGCGAAAGCGGCGGACACGUCAAAGAAACUUUCGAAGGAGGAAAACAAAAACAGUAAGCCAACGCCAAAGUCAGACCCGCCCAAGAAAAGUGACGCCUCAUCACAGGUCCAGACUGUGAAGAAGGAGACAGAGGGUGUCAGGGGGAGAGUGAGGCUCAAAGUCAACCCCUCCAUCCUCGCCGACUUGCAGCCUUCAGACAAGAGUCCGCUUAGAACCAGAACUCCAGAGAGAAGCCCCGGAGGCUUGAAACCAGCCCCGGCCAACACUUCAGAGAAGGAGACGCCCACAGACUGGAGGUCCAUGCUCAAACCUGUCUCCAAAGAAUCUAAACUUGCUGAGUCAUCACAGUCCUCCACUAAAGUACCGGCUAACAACGCUGGAGGCUCCCAUUUAGCAGAGGUGUCGCUGAGGCCCGUGAACCCGCCUUCAUAUCAAGGUGUCCGGAAUGGCCAAAGUAACGCCACAAACACGACAACAUCGGGAUCAAAAGUCUUAAAGACAAAGCCGGACUUCAUCCCCAAAGAGAGGAUCCUGAAGGAGCUGAAGGAGAUUGAAGAGGACCUCAACCGGUUGGAGAGGAGAGGGGUGGAGCUGGAGACCAAGCUACGUCACAGCGAAGACGAGGGCGAGGAUGACUCCCUGAUGGACGAGCUGAUGGUGGAAUGGUUCAGCUUGAUCAGGAACAAGCAGGUGGCCAUGCGGCGCGAGUCCGAGCUCGUCUACGUUGGUAAAACUCAGGACCUGGAGGAGCAGCAGCCCAGUGUCGAGCAGGAGCUCCGAAAGCUGAUCGAGAAACCAGAACAUCUGAAAACGGCGUUCGAACGCAGACGAGAAGAAGAGCUGAUGAGCAAACUGAUGGAGAUCGUCAACGACCGCAAUACUAUCGUAGAUGUUCUGGACGAAGACAGGCUCAGAGAGGAAGAGGAGGACCAGCAGCUGAGCAAGUUGAUGGAGAAUUUCAGUGUGAAAAAAGACAAGUCCAAGAAAAAGUCCAGCAUUUCCAAGAUGUUCACUUGGGGCAGCAAGAAGGAGGCGUGAGGCCGGGCCGAGCCGGGCCGGGCCGGGAAAACACCCUUCGCCGCUCCCCUGCGGCGCUUUCCGGGUCACGCCACCCCACCGCUGACUCGCCGAACAACUCGGUACGUGCGCGCGCGCGCGUGUUUGUUUGCAGCACGCCGGUCGGCCGUCUUUCAUCUUAAGCGGUUCUCGACACAUUCCCAGCACGACGGCUUCACGACUUACUAGUGAUGACGAGGUUCACUGCGUGCUUGAGUUGUUCGUUUUAAUCCGCUUCCAGUUUUAAUCGGUCUACUUCGUGUGCGCGCGCACGCAUGCACACUAGUAACUUCGCGCGUCUGUUGCUGCUGGCACGCGCGUCGCAAACACAAACAUGGGUACUACUAACGCGAGCGAUGAACAACGUCGGUAUCGCCGCUUCUUGCGUUCAAAUGGCUUACGAGUGCAAUUUCAAUAUUUUUACCACCUUGACUUUGAUGUUUUAUUAUUUUUUUUUGCCCUUUGUUAAAAAACUUCUUCAUCUGCCGAGAUACGGGCUCGCUGUUGUGAUCCAUAUUGGAUCUGAAUUGAUUUAAAAUGCGCGACGGCUCGAGUGUAUUUUUGUGAGUGUUCGACCGCCAGCUGAGACGCAAUUAAAUGUUAUUUAUUGUACAUUUAACUGUUUCGUGGCGAUGGGAAUAUUAAUGCUAAACUGGAGCUUUAAAGAGGAUUUUUUUCAUCAUUAUGUGGUGAAACUGGCCUGUAUAUAUAUUGUGCUUUGAUUUGUAUUAAAAUAAUAUUGUUGA